CCAACACAGAGGGUAAAGUCGCACAGGACAAGCUCUUCCCUAGACACAUCGCAGACAACAAUCUGUGACGGGUGACCAGCACUGGGUACAUUUCUCUAGGGCAGUGACCGAUGCGACAGCUAGGUUAAACCAUCCUCGCCUGGCAUGGUGGAACUUCCGAACUGUCGAGCACAGCAGAGUUGGCUAAAAACCUGGAUCGGCCAAAGAUCUGGCUGACGGACUAUAGGGCAGAUAUCGUAAUGGACAUGGAAUGCCAGAGCGGUCGACGGAAAUACAGGACACGGAAGCGAAAAACCAGACUGGUGUUAGUGGCAUGUGUGUAUCUUUCUUUGAUCGCCGUGGUUUUUAUAGCGCGUGGUGUCAGCGAUUACUACGACAAGAACUCUCUGCUUGACGACAGAAUCCAUCGACUCAACAAAAGAGCAGUGGAAAAUGGCGAACACCGAAAUGUUAGCAAAUCUGAGGAUCCGGAGGUACUCAACUGUACACCGAGGGCCAUAUAUGAAUUUCCGGAGAACUUUUUCACCUUACAGGAGACCCAGGACGGAGGAGUUGUUAUUCACAUUCUCAUUGCACUGUACAUGUUCUGUUCUCUGGCCAUUGUUUGUGACGAUUACUUCGUGGCCUCCCUGGAGAUGAUAUGUGACAGUCUCGGGCUACAGGAAGAUGUUGCAGGGGCAACCUUCAUGGCGGCCGGAAGUUCCGCGCCGGAGCUAUUUACGUCCGUGAUAGGUAUGUUCCGUACCCGGAGUGAUGUUGGGAUCGGCACCAUUGUGGGAUCGGCGGUGUUUAAUAUCCUCUUCAUCAUUUCUUUAUGCGCUUUGUUUUCAGGCAUGGUGGUAUACCUAACGUGGUGGCCUAUGACACGAGACUGUCUGUUUUACCUGAUCAGUAUUAUAACGCUCAUCGUGGUGAUGAAUGACGAACUCGUACAUUGGUACGAAGCAUUAGUGAUGUUAGUUUUGUACGUCCUCUACAUAACGAUCAUGUACUUCAACCGUCGGCUAGAGGCGUUUUUCACGGCGAAGGCCAAGCUGAUCCCCAUCGGGUGGUUACAGUGCAAUUACUCCACGAACCAGGAGAAAAACCCGCUGCUAAAAACACAGAACGGAACCACUCCUAAACCUAGCCCAGAGGGCGCAAAACCGGGGAAUGGUGUACUACAAGAAAAUGGGUAUCAGGAAACAGAGUUUGGGGCGCUGCCAGAGCAGCACGAGAACAGGAAAACGCACGCCCACGAGGAGUUCGAUAACCCGUGGACGAUCCCUGAUUCGUUUCUGGGCCGGAUCUACUGGGUGGGCAUGAUUCCUAUCAAAGCUCUUCUGUUCAUCACCAUUCCGGACUGUAGGCGUCCCGGCUGCUGGCAGAAGCUCUUCGCUCUCACAUUUAUUAUGUCCAUUGUCUGGAUUGCUGCUUUCUCCUAUCUCAUGGUCUGGAUGGUCACCAUAACAGGUGACGCUCUGGGAAUCCCCGACACUGUGAUGGGGUUAACGCUGCUGGCGGCGGGAACCAGUGUACCAGAUGCUCUCUCCAGCUUAUUCGUAUCCAGGGAUGGUUUGGGUGACAUGGCUGUGUCGAACUCCAUCGGCAGUAACGUUUUUGACAUUCUUUUGUGCCUCGGGUUGCCAUGGUUACUGAAAACCGUAGCAGUGGAAUCCGGCAGUGUCGUCGAGAUCAACAGCAAAGGACUCGUCUUCUCCGCCAUUACUCUCUUGACGACGGUGGCUUUCGUUCUCAUAGCAACGCAUCUGAAUCGCUGGAGACUCACCAAAUGGAUAGGGGUGUUCUUCCUAGUUAUAUACCUUAUCGUUAUCACGUUUGCUUGUCUCUAUGAACUGAACGUCUUCGGGGAACUCAACCUUCCAGCGUGUCCUCGUCGGUAGGUGGGUACUCCCAUUUCGAAGCCCCAUUAUUAUACUCGUCUGUGAUCGGAACGUUUCGGAAAACCGAACCCUCGUUGUUGUGAAAGAUUUACCUUGGGUGAAACAAUAUGCAUGUAAUUGAACGUUGUCGAGGUUUAUUGCAUUGAAGCAGUCAACAGUGGACAUGUGCAUGGAGAUGUGCAUCUCCGUUUGUGCGUAUGGUACUCGUUCAUACUUUUGCAAUACAGUGGUUGUUGUUGUGUAUCGUCCCAAUACAGUUCUUGUUGGACAGUAUCCUUUGGCUGUUACAGUGUAUCGCCACGAUACAGUGAUGUAACUGAUGUUAUGUAUAUUUACCGUAUCGUAACUGUUGUAAUGUGUUGUUACGAUAGAAUAUUAAAUUGUUGUAAUGUAUGGCUACUGUACAGUAUCUGCCGUAAUGUUUGAUUAAUUGUAUAAUACAGGCCCCAAAGCGGCAGUCGUGAUACGUCUGAUGGUUUUUUUACUUAAGGUAUUAUGAAUUUGUAAAUAGCCCUCAAAUUAUUAUGUUGAUUAAUAAGCAUUAAUAUGCUAAUAAUGUUUAUUAAUUUAGUUAAUAAAUAUCAGUAUGUUUGUUUACGUAGAAUUUGCUUUGGCGGAAACAAAAUUUAUGUAAAUCGCUGACUUUGUGGCCAAUCAGGAAUGGUCUGCAUCGUUUCCACAGAUUUUCACCAUUCUCAGCUUGAUCAGGAAUCACAAGCUCUUAAUUUAGAUAAGUCGUGGGAAUGACAUUCGUAUUGCUAAGUCCAGCUCAUGCAUGCUUCCUCUCCAGCUGUACGUGGGAAGGUCUGCCAGCAACCUGCGGAUGGUCGUGGGUUUCCUACGGGCUCUGCCCGGUUUCCUCCCACCAUAAUUCUGGCCGCCGUCGUAUAAGUGAAAUAUUCUUGUGUACGGCGUCAAACACCAAUCAAUCAAAUAAAUAAAUAUUUAAUGACUUGUUCAAAUUGGAGCACUGAUCUCGUAUCCUCCACUGAUCUGUAAUCAUUCCCAUGAAUUAUGUUCAUUGUUGUAACGUUGAUCAAGGAGUGUAAUACAUCUAAUGUUAAUUACACUUGACUGCUAUGUUGUUGUUGAUGAUGUUGUGAAGCCGCCGUCGUAUAAGUGAAAUAUUCUUGAGUACGGCGUAAAACACCAAUCAAAUAAAUAAAUAAAUGAUGUUGUGAAAGUUAAGUGGCGAUAACCGCCGCCCGUAUAAAUGGAAUAAUCAAGAAUACCGCGUAAAACACCAAUCAGAUAAAUAAACAAGUUGUGGAAGCGCUGAUUUACAACGACUACAUACUCUUCAGAGUUGUCGAUUUAGUAUACAUUUACGCUUUCCUACACUCUAACCAUCAACUGCAAUAAAAACAAAACUUGCAUUGUAAACUUAUACGCCACAAACAAUAAAAAUCUGUUCAUUUUCUCGCCACAAUAUGGCUGAAAUAUUGGCGACGUGACGUUCAGCCAUACUCAUUCUUCAUUUUGUCAAUUUUCAAUG